AUGCAUUUAACGUCGUCACUGCGUCGGAAUAGCUCAACAUCAUCAGAUAGCGAAGGAAUCCACGGUAACAGCAGAUUCAUGGAAGGAUUGCGAAGUGAUCGACGACGACACAGUGAUGAUGACAAGUUUUCACGUGACGCUCGUCGAAUAUUUCGUGUGCUUACCGAGCGUGAUCCCAGGCUGACCACAGAACAAGGGAUUCGAAGACUAUUUGAUGAGGUUGACAGCGGCAACGUGCAGACUCAGGAAGAGCUCUUCGAGAGAAUGUUCAACAUUGCUGAAAUUGAAGAGAAUAUUCAGCAGUCAGCAGCGACAACGCCAGAAGAUGAGAACUUAUUUGUGGAACAUUUGCGGUGCACUGUAGAAGGUAUGGGGAAGCCACAGUUGGAGGAUCGCAAUGGACAGCGUACACAUAAAUCAGUGGUAAUACUGUCUUGUAUUUUAACUAUUCUUUGUGCUCUUUUCAAAAAGGAGUCCUACUUCAUCACUGACAAUAAUUGGGAGCCUUAUAUCAACUUCGCAUUUUCUCUAUUAGCGUUCAUAUUAGCAGUUGGAGCGGCCGACAAACAUCUACCCUACUGUUGUCUGGCAUGCGGUAUAUCUACGUUUUUCGCCAUGACUACUUUUGUCAGCCUAGCUGACGCCAAUGACAGAUAUGCCCUGUUUGGCGUGUUUGCUAACAUGAUGUCAUGCCUUCCCACUAUCUUGUCGCGGAUGCGAUUCGCAGCUGGGAGCUGGCGUAUUUGGCGUCCUUUAGUUCAUUUCAGAAUUGGUUAUAUGGCCGUGAAUUUGGGAAUUCCUUCUAUAUGUCUUCUAUCAAUUCCGAUAGUGUAUUUUCUGAUGGCAACUAGGACUAAAACAUGGCCAGAGGCUGCACAUUCAGUUGUGCCUCACAUAUAUGUUGACCUGAUUCUUACAUGUUCCGUGAUUUCGCUGUUGUUUUUUCCUACUCUGGCGGCAGCUGUCGUUGUCCUAUCUGUGGUGGCUAUUCAGAUCCAGAGUGCUAUUGACCUUAAUCGUGGCAAGUUCAUAUUUCAGGUCAGUUGGGCUAAAGCGACCUUCACGUUGUUUGUUCUGGUGUCACCGUUCGUUGUAAUCAAAUGCUAUAACUUUAUCACACACCGUUUCAAGCUUGGUGCCUCGCUAUCAUACAGUGAAAGAAGGAAAUGGAUUAUGUUCUUCAUCUACUUUUCUUCUCUGUUGAUGGCGAUCUCGUUUUUAUACGAAGGCCAGAUGACAUUUGAUCCCGCUACAGAUGUCACUAAUAUGACUUGGACCCACUACGAUCGUUACUGCUCCAUGAGUUCAUCGAAUACUAUUGAAAAUCAAAUCCACUGCAGUCAACUCAAAGGAACAUCAAUAAACUGGAAAGGAACAGUGCAGUCAGUGCGAGUGGUGAACAUAGACAACUCAUUCGAAACGUUGCUUGCCUAUUUGCCGGAAUCUAUAUCUCAAACCAUGAGUGCAAAUGAAUGCUCUCUAACAGAGCACAACGUGUACACAUUUGAGAUAGAGGUUUCGGGUCCAUACGGAGAGCGCAUUGUGAGUAGUGCUAAAGGACAGCUGGUUCUUAGCGCUAGCCACGUAUUUUAUGAGAUGCUCAGGCUCGUCGACGAAGGCGACGUCAUACGCUUUAUUGCUUUCUUUGACCAGUAUCCGGUAUUCCGCUAUCCACCACGACUAAAGCUUCUGCAGCUGGAAUGCUUGAACUGCAAGCAGGUGUUGUUUUUCAUUCUAUAA